UAGCUUCUAAUCCAGACUGUAUGGUAUGUGGGCUGGUCACAAAUCCCCAUGUGGUCCGACAUCAUUGACAUGGCGGAAUCCCCCACCAAACCCUACUGGUAGUUAUUCCAGAUCGCUCGCCUGCCCGCCCAGCCACACAGCCCGGGGAUUUACCGGACUUGCCCGCCCGCCUCCCUCUUCCGAAGAACGAGCAGGGCCAUUCUCUCCAAGACAGCACCCCCGAGCCCCCGUUUCCAACACAAGGAGGCCCGCUGAGGAAAAUUCUCCAUGAAUGUACGUCACAAUGAUGAUGACCGACCAAAUCCCACUGGAGUUGCCAUCGUUGCUGAAUGGGGAGGUAGCUAUGAUGCCUCACUUAGUCAAUGGAGAUGGAACUCAGCAGGUUAUUUUUGUCCAAGUUAAUCCAGGUGAAACUUUUACAAUAAGGGGAGAAGAUGGGACUCUUCAGUGCAUUCAAGGACCCGCAGAGGUUCCCAUGAUGUCGCCAAAUGGAUCUAUUCCUCCCAUACAUGUGCCUCCAGGUUAUAUAUCACAGGUAAUAGAAGACAACACGGGUGUUCGCAGGGUGGUGGUCACACCUCAGUCUCCGGAGUGCUACCCUCCCAGCUACCCUUCCGCCAUUUCUCCGACCCACCACUUACCCCCGUAUCUUACUCACCACCCGCAUUUCAUUCAUAACUCUCAUACGGCUUUCUACCCACCGGUGACUGGGCCUGGAGACAUGCCACCCCAGUUUUUCCCUCAGCAUCAUCUCCCUCCUACAAUCUACGGAGAGCAAGAGAUUAUACCACUAUAUGGAAUGUCCAGUUACAUAACCAGGGAAGAUCAGUACAACAAACCACCGCACAAAAAAAUCAAAGAACGGCAGAUCGAUCGCCAAAACCGUUUGAACAGCCCCCCUUCGUCCAUCUACAAGAGCCAUCUAGGAAACUGUUCCCCAGUCUACAAUGGCACCAUCAAGGCUCACAACGGAGCCGCGAACGGGGGAGGAGGAGGAGGAGGAGCAGCCGUGCCCGUCGUGAAAAAAACCGAACGCAGAGCAAGAAGCAGCCCAAAGUCAAGCGAGCAGGAACUGCACGAAUGCGACACAGAAACAAAAAGGGUUCAAGAUGUCCUUUCUGGAAUUGAAAAACCGCAGGUUUCCGAUAUCCAGGCGAGGACAGUUUUGCUCACAUGGUCUCCUCCGAAUGACCUUCUGAGUGUGGAUAGGCACAGCAACGGUUUGCCUUAUACCUGUAUUUACGAAGUUGCCUUAUCAGACAAAGGGAGGGAUGGAAAGUACAAAAUGAUUUACAGUGGAGAAGAAUUGGAAUACAAACUGAAAGAUCUUAGGCCAGCAACGGAAUAUCAUGUCAGGGUAUAUGCCGUCUAUAAUUCAGUAAAGGGAUCCCGUUCAGAACCCGUUAGCUUCACCACGCACAGCUGUGCCCCGGAAUGUCCUUUCCCACCCAAACCUUCGCACAGGACCAAAAAUUCCCUAACUUUACAGUGGAAGGCCCCUAUCGACAAUGGUUCAAAAAUCACCAGCUACCUUUUAGAGUGGGAUGAGGGAAAAAGAAGCAAUGUUUUCAGAGAAUGUUACUUUGGGAGCCAAAAACAUUACAAGCUGACGAAGCUUUGUCCGGCUGUGGGCUACACAUUCCGAUUAGCAGCUCAGAAUGACAUAGGCAUGAGUGGCUUCAGCCAAGAAGUUGUAUGCUACACGUCAGGGAAUAUUCCUCAAACCCCUUCCGCACCGAGGCUUGUCCGUGCUGGAGUCACCUGGGUCACCCUGCAGUGGAACAAAGCAGAAGGCUGCACACCAGAGGAAGUCACCACCUACACCCUGGAGAUUCAGGAGGAGGAUAAUGAUAGUGUGUUUCACCCAAAGUACACUGGAGAAGACCGAACAUGUACUGUGAAAAAUCUUAAAAGAAGCACACAAUAUAAAUUCAGGCUCAUUGCCUCCAACGUAGAAGGGAAGAGCAGUCCCAGCGACGUCUUGGUCUGUACAACAAGCCCUGACCGGCCGGGGCCUCCCACCAAACCCGCCGUGAAAGGGCCAAUCACAUCUCAAGGCUUCAGCGUCAAAUGGGACCCUCCUCAGGAUAAUGGUGGUUCAGAAAUCCUAAAUUACCUGUUAGAAAUUUCAGAAGGAAGCUCUGAAGCAAAUCAAUGGGAAGUGGCUUACAGAGGAUCGGCUACAGAAUGUCCGUGUACUUACUUGAAACCAGGGACUUUGUAUAAGCUCCGGGCAUGCUGUAUUAGCACUGGUGGACACAGUCAGUGUUCUGAAAGUUUACUUGUCCGUACACUAAGCAUCGCUCCAGGCCAGUGUCAGCCACCCAGAGUACUUGGCAAACCAAAGCAUAAGGAAGUGCAGCUGCAAUGGGAUGCUCCUCCUGUGUCAGACAGCAGUUGUCACAUCUCGGCAUACGGUGUAGAAAUGACUGGCCCCGAAGAGGCGACAUCGGAGGUGUAUCACGGUCUGGGUCUCGAGUGCACGGUUGGCGAUCUCCUGCCUGGGACAAGCUAUCACUUCAGAGUGAGGGCCCUGAAUGACGGAGGGUAUGGGACGUAUUCCGAAGCCACAAUAAUCACAACCGCUGCUGGGCCCCCCGGGCAGUGCAGACCACCUUCCCUUGCCUUCAUUUCUGAUACAAGUGUACUUGUUAGCUGGGAGAGUCCCGAGAGCUUUGGUGCUGACAUCUCAGAAUACAGACUGGAGUGGGGAGAAGACGCAGAGUCCUUAGAACUCGUGUACAGUGGCACAGGCAACUCCUUUGAAAUCAGCCAGUUAUCAGCCGCAGCACACUAUUUCUGUAGGCUACAGGCAAUAAACCAGGCAGGAGCAGGACCUUACAGUGACCUGGUGACCUGUACAGCCCCAGCGUCAGUCCCUGAUGCUGUGACCACUCUCUGCGUAUCCGAUGAUGAGCACUUGGAUUCCUCUCCAAUUUCACCCUUUGUGUGCCUUGUAUUGAACUGGGAAGAACCGUGCAAUAAUGGUUCUGAGAUUAUUUCUUACAACGUCGACCUCGGCGAUGUUAUUAUCCCGGUGGGGAACGUCACAAGCUACGUCGUUAGCGACCUGCUUCCAGAAACCACAUUCCGGAUCCGGGUUCAGGCUGUAAAUGGCAUCGGAGCGGGACCUUUUAGCCACUCGAUUAAGGCCAAGACCAGGCCUCUGCCCCCUUUACCUCCUCGGCUAGAGUGCACUGCAGCUGGUCCUCAGAGCCUGAAGUUGAAGUGGGGGGAGAGCAGCUCCAAGCAGCACACUGCCGACGACAUGCUGUACAUCUUGCAGAUUGAGGACAAGAACAAGAGAUUUAUUCCAAUCUAUAGGGGACCAAGUCACACCUACAAGGUACAACGGCUGAUGGAGUUCACCUGCUUCGCUUUCAGAAUACAGGCCGUAAACGAAGCCGGGGAAGGACCUUUCUCAGACGUAUUUACCUUCAGCACAACCAAAUCCAUUCCCCCCGCCAUCAAAGCCCCUAGAGUGAGACAGCUGGAAGGAAACGCCUGUGAAAUUGCUUGGGAAGCUGUACCCCCCAUGAAGGGAGACCCUAUCAGUUACAUUCUGCAGGUCUUGGUUGGAAGAGAGUCUGAGUACAAACAGGUGUACAAGGGAGACGAGACGACGUUCCAAAUCUCAGGCCUUCAGACGAACACAGACUACCGAUUCCGCGUGUGUGUUUGCCGCCGGUGCUUGGAUACCUCACAAGAACUUAACGGACCUUUCAGCCCAUCUGUUGCCUUUCUGCUCCAGCGGAGGGAGCUGAUGCUCACGGGGGAAAUGGGGAGGAUAGAUGACGCAAAGACGAAAAGUAUGAUGCCUUCGGAUGAACAGUUUGCCGCCCUCCUAGUCCUCGGCUUUGCCAGCGUCUCCAUCUUAUUUGCCUUUAUACUACAGUAUUUGUUUAUGAAGUAAAGAGUCCCAUUACAAAGGUAUCAUAUUAACUAAUGCUACGCAUUAUCCACAUUAUCAGAUAUUCCUCUUAUUUUAUUUUAUUUUAUUUUCUCCUUCUCUCUUUUUUCCCCCCCAGUGGUGUUUUCCAAUACAUUUUAUACAUUUUUCCUGGAUUAACGUGGGAUGGGGUGGGCAUAGGGAUAAAGCCCUAUUUAGGAAAUACUGGGAGUUCGGGUGUUCCUUUUCGAAACUCAGAAGACUAGGAAGUGGUCAGAAAUAUCCAGGGCAGAUACCAAAAGCAAGUAGCCUGGUUUGUUUUUUGCCUUUUUUAUUUUUAUUUUUUUAAAAUAAUCUAUUCUGUAUUUGUUACUUUGCUUUCAAUGGAUUCAGAAAUGUAACCAAUUUGCCUUCACUUUCUUGGGGUUGUUUUCGUUUUUCGUUUUUGUUUUUUGCUAACAUCAUUGCAGUCUUUUAAGUUGCAAGUUUUAUUACAUUAGAAUAACUGCUUUCAGCUCUUCCGCAUCUACAAGCCUUAAUCACCAAGUAUAGCAUUGCGGUUAGAAAGUGGCGUUCGGCGAUACACAGUGUUGGACAAAAACAGUAAUUAAUCAACUUUGCAUACAAUGAUAUCCACUACAUUUUCCUCCUCCUUCCCUCACCCCUUCCUCUCUCCCCCCCCUUCUUUCUACAUUGUUAAAAAAAAAAAAAAUUUAAACUCCGCUACAUUAUCAACUAUAUAUUUAGCACAUUUCAAUCCAAAUAAUUUAUCCUGCAACAUGAAGUUCAUUUAAAAAAAUAAUAAUAAUCUCUUUAUUCCAGUUGUUUGCGCACUAUGAGCUGCCUGCAUAACAGAUCCGAUAACCAGAUAGCUUUAUAAGUGACAAAGCAUUACAGUCCCUACCAUUUCUUUAUUUUAUUUUAUAGCGGUAAUUUUAAGAGGGCAUUGUGCAAUAGUUACUCCCAUGUCCAGCUGGUCUUUUUUUUUAAAAAAGAAAAAGAAAAAAUAAAGCUGCUUUUAACUUGUUUGCCUUUGUAUAUACUCUUAAUCCAAUCACUAGAUAUAUUCACCUUGAUUUAUAUGUUUAGAACUGGCGAGAGAGAGAGCUUGCUGCCUUUGCUAUUUAUAUUAAGUAUUAUUACCUUUUUGACGUUAAGUAAUUGUUCAGUCAGCCACUUAAGAGGGGAGGAAAGAGGCGCCCAUCUGUGUUGGGGAAACCUGGCAAUGAGGCCUCCUCGGACGCAUAAUUUGAAUGUGAGGCAUUGCAGGGCGCCACGAAAAGAGCGCCACGCCCUGCUCCUCUCCCAGGAAGCGCCUGCCGCGACGAAACGCGGGAUGCGACUUUGGCGCAUUGCAAGAUGUCCUCUAGCCCCACUCAACUUCUGGAGGCUGCUGCUUCCUGGGCGAUGUUCCGGGGCACACACAUUGCACCACCCAUGUUGCAGUAAGUAGGGAGAAACGAAAGAAGAGAAGGCAGGGCGGCCGCUAUCUUCAGUGUGCAUCCCAUAAUAUCUCAGUCCAGCCUUAAGCUUGCGCUCUUCCCGCAGCAAAUGUGACCCAUUGCGAGAGCCAACGUCAAGGUUGUGGUUUUUUUCUUUUCUUUUCUUCCUUUCGGAACAUUGUCUUUACAUCGCUGGCCCUGAUGGCCGUGUUUAUCCAGUCCAUCAAAAUCCUUGAUAUAUGAAUCAUUGGCUUAUUUACACAAUAUCAAUGUUGUCCAAGUGCCUCAGGGAUAUUGAUAGGCAGGAGGGGCGAGUGGAUUCCAAAAGGGCGCGGCAGACACAGGGCCAGGAACUUCCCCCUUGUAAACGCGGCCCCGAGUCACAACGGACUCGAGUUGCGUUUCUGCAGCGCUUGCACAGGGCAGACACCUGCCUCGCGACUCCUGGCGGGCAGGGCAGCUGUCGGAGAAGCUCCAACACUUUGUAUAUCCCUGCUUUUUAAAAGGAGAAAACAAACAGAAAUAAUCAUUUUGUAUAUUUUUGCUGUCUUUGGUUUGGCUUGGCUCUUCUGUCUUCUAUGUUAGCUACGACGCAGUGUCCCUGUAGUAGCAUAUAUUCCCAUAACCAAAGUAAUGGGGGAACCAACAUUAUUUUUGAUCUAGGUUUAUUUAUACUAUAUACUGCAUACAGUACUUUAAAUGCCAAUUACAGUGCAAUCUUAUUAUUUAUUGUAAAAAAAUAAAAUAAAUAAAAAGUGUACUUAUGUACUAAAUUUCCCCCGCCCCCUUCCUUUGUAGCAUGUUAUAUUUUCAAUUUUAUUUUAUUUUAUUGUCAGUUUUUGUUUUAUAUAAGUGUAGGUUUACCGACAUCAGCAUUCCUAGGAUUAUUAACCUUCUUACACUUUUACUUGUGCAUUUUUUGGGGGGGAAAUAAUGGGAGUGUCUUAGUAUAUUAAUUGCCAAAAAGAACGAACCCCUCCCCUCUGAUAUGGGGCCUGAUAAGCCAAGCAUCUUGCUGUGUAAUGGCUUUGAAACUGAAUUAUCUGUGGGGUUUUGUCUAGUAUCAGAGCUUGUCGAAUUAUACGCUUGAUCAACGACCGAAAAGUUUACAUGUAGCCAAAACUAAAGUGAAACGAAAAACAUGACCAUCUCUUGGAAGGACAUUCUAAGGUUUGACGAAUUAUUCUUUGUGCCUCUCUAGAUGUAGCAAACUAGUACAAAGGUUCUGUAUCUUGUUAUUGACUAUCGUUAGUUUAUAAAUUUGCCUAGAAAACUAAUGGUAUUGAGCUUAACUUGCCUCUUUCUCUUCCCCACUUCCUUUGGCCAAAGUCAAUGGCUUGUCAAAUGUUCCUAGUGGUGUUUAUAUGUGUGUGUUUUAAUUUAAAUUUAUUUCUUGUAUGAAAUUUGGGUGACCACAAAUAUAAGUUCCGGACAUGUUGUUUUGGUGAAAUUUUGUCUGUUUAAGGGGAGGGGGAAGUGCCCCUUCUAGAAAAAGUUAGUUGUGCAUAAAUUUCAUUGAACUUAAGGGGAGAAGUGAGUCCUGGGAUGUUGGGCUCCCAUGGCUUGUAAUGUCUAAGCAAUGUAUCACCCUUGGUUUUCGCUGUAGCUAACUUUUAUCUGGAGUGGGGCCAGAUGGUUUUGAAAUCUGAUGAUUGGGAAAGCCACAAUUUUGUAGAGGUCCCUUUUCCUUCCUCCACUCUUCCUCCUCCUCCUCCACCACCCCCACCCCCCACAAAAAAAAAUCUGGUUCACUACAGCAAAAAUCUCCUAACACCUUUAAAACUGAGUGGGAAACAAACUACUGUAAACUUUGUAAAGGCGCUCUAGAAAUUGAGAUUUAUACAUUUUGAGUGUUUAAAAAUAAAAGAUAUGGAAUUGUAGUUUUACAUAAGGUUGAAUAAAUGUGACGAGGAGGGAAGUCUGUAACACUUUAUUAUCGAGAAAGUAUUUAAAAUAAUUUGUUACGUAUUUUUAUUGUAGUUUCGAAAAUCAAAUGUCUCUUCCUUAGCCCUCUCCCCCCUUCCACAGACACUGCCAUGAUCCAUGAAAUAUCGUGGGGUGACAUGUAUGGUUCUCUUUGCAAACACUGCCAUUUAUGCCAUAGGGAUUGACUAGAACUAACCUCUCUGAUGCAGGUGUAGAAUAAAAGUGUUGCAAAUCCAAAUCAUUCCUGAUUCUGCCUCCGUAAACAGCAGGCUUGAUUCUGCUGACGGCUUUGUUAUAUUUCCUUAUACUGUACGUCUGUCCCGGCCCAAAAUCAGUCUCAGCUGUGUACAGGCAAGCUCCCCAUUCCCAAUCCUGUAGACUUUAAAGGAAAUUGUAAAAAUAAAAAAAAUGCAAAGUGGGGAAAGUAUUUUAAGAAACUAUUUAAGAGGAAAAGAAACAUUUUUAUAUUAUCUGCCUUUGUCCUUUAUGAACUUGAAAUGUUGUAGUUUUCUAAUCCUGUUUUCGUCAGCGACAGUAAAUCAGUAUUCACUGUUAUCAUGGGAAAAGUGCCCUAAAUUGAAUGUUUCCGAACAUUAUCCUUGCACAAUUCUUUAAAUUGAAAAAUAAAUAAAUGAUAAUAAUAAAAGGGUUGGUUUUUCUUUUGGGUUUUUUGUUUUGUUUGUUUUUUUACCUCACUAAUAGGACAUAUACAUUCCAAGCUUUUCGACUCUUGAGAGAAAUAAUCAUAAGUUUUCUUGUAUUGUAAAUUUAACUAUUUCAUACGCAUUGUAUUAAAACUGCCAUAUCGAUUUUAAUGUAUAGAUUUUUGCAAAUAUUACGCUAUGUAUGUAUCUGUAUCUGUAGUGUAUAUGUAAUAUAUUUAUGCCCAAUAAAUGUUUUAAUUCUUUA